UCAAAGCACGGCCGAACAAUAAUAAGUCAGUAUUCUGCGAAGAGCGUCACCGCUAAUCAUCAUCACUGUUGUCGUGUACUUUUGUGAGAUACUUGGUGCAGACACUGUCGACUUCAACUCAACUCCGAGAAUCUGAUCUAAGCUCGGUCAGCCCUUUACCUCGCCCAGAUGUGCCAUCCACAUUCUGCGACAUGGUUAAUGGAGCCUUUGUGCUGGCAGAUAGGACUUCACCCUAUACAUCAGCUGCGAGGCCGGUGACGGGACGGAUAGAGGGGAAGGGGAACGUGAUCAAUGUCUCCAACGAGGUCGCCGGACGCGACGCGAGAGAAAGGUCGCCAACACGACUGAAAAGGAGCCAUAACAAGGUGCGCAGCGGCUGCCUGACUUGCAGGCGUCGAAGAGUCAAGUGUGACGAAACCCACCCUCAUUGCCAGCGCUGUGCAAAAGCUGGCCGGUUCUGCGAAGGAUAUGCUCAACCCAAAACAUGGCUUUUUGAACCUGCAAACAACACCCCUCCCAGCUCCGAAGUCGUGUCCUGCUUGAACACGACAAAUGCUAUACACUUCUUCGAAGACUCCGAGCUCAACAGACCCACCCAAUACUUCCUUGCAUGCACUGCUCCUGCUGUGGCUGGAUUCUUCUCAGAGAUGAUGGAGUCGUUGAACGACGACAGAGCCAUGGUGUCAUACUCUACAACACAGGCAUGGACGUUCUGGAAUAAAUUGGUUGUACAAGCCAGUGAGACGAAUGCCUCCAUUCGUCACAGCUUAGCAGCCAUUAGCAGCCUACAUGAAUGGCUCGAAGUUACCAAGCGCAACCCGUGGCAGAAUCACUCCUUCACGCUGCAUUACACCAAUGCCAUUACCGAGAUCAACAAGAACCAAGGAAAGAUUCCUGUCGAGAUCCUCCUCAUAGCCUGCGUCCUCUUCGCACAUUGCGACUUCUUGAUGGGCGCUGCCGGUGCUGGGAUGAAGCAUCUCAAGUCGGGCUACAUGAUCAUGUCUGAAAGUCGAAAGAAACAAGUCCAGCUUCCUAUCGAAGUACGAGAAUUGAUAGAGCCAAUGAUAGCAGGGUUCAUGGCAAAGUCGGCAAAUUACAGACUGACAGAUAGUGCAGCAACAAAGAGCGAGACAGUGGAAGCAACCGGCCCUUCUCUGCCGCAGAUGCCAAAAGUCUUUCAAGAUCUCAAUCAAGCCAAUAAACAUCUCCUAGAGGCAGUCUACUCGGUAUUGAAGUUGGAACUGCGUCAGCCGCAUGAUCUGGCUGCCAUGGCUCCCAAUGUGCGAAAGUAUGUCACCGAUUGGGCCACUGCAUUCGACCGCUGGAAGUCAACCUACGAGCUUGAUGAUCCCCUCCUGAAGGAUUGGCAGUUAUUGCUUCAGGCUCAUCAUCGCAUGGCCUUCCUGAUCCUCAAGACGCUUCCUCCUGAGAACGACCAAGGCUACACUCGGGCAGCCGCGGAUUUCCGGAUCAUGUUCGCCCAGCUACGGACGUUUUUGCGCGCCGGCUACACGGAACUCGACCCGAAACACAGUGGCGACCUUGUUCUCAAAGUUCAUAUGGGAUUUAUCGCACCAUUGUUCUUUAUCGCCACGAAAUGCCGGGUGCAGGAGAUCCGGCAUGGCGCGCUCGAAGCGCUGAAAGACCUGAAAGUCGUUGAAGGACAUUGGAACAGCUGCGUGGCGUACGCCAUCGCAAAGACGGCCAGCGAAAUCGAUGACAGACUCAACGAGACCAAUCCGUCAAAGACAAUUCGCAUCAAGCUCGACAGAGUGGACCGUUUGAAGGACGGCACCAUGACAAUGACAUAUCGUAAGGUAUAUGGACAUGUUUCUUCUGACGAAGUUGAGUCGAAAAUCAUCACCGAACCGGCGUGCCAUCACGAGGUGAAUAUGCAAUGGCCUGCGGUUCGCGUCGUCCGACUUCAUGGGUUUCAAGCCUCGGUCAAGCCACGGAAGCUGCAUUGUAAUUGUCGCUUCACGAAGACCACAAGAUGAACCACGGAGGGACUAAUUUACGGUCUUUUCGACAGGGCUAUGCGUAGGGCAAAUCAUCUGUACAACCUGGAGGAUCUACCCCA